CGCAACUCCGUCUGCUCCAUGAUCCAUUCCUCGAUCCCUCUUUCUCUCCCCUCGGUGACGUGCCGUCAAUUGGGUUGACUUCCCUUUCCUCCCUACGUCUCAGCUGAGUGGGAACCAAACAAACCUCUCCACCAACAGUGGCUUCUCACCUCCUCAGAUCGUGUCUGCCAACAAUGCAAUCCCACCUGACCAGGAGGGUCUUCCGGGCCAUCCUGAAUAACGAGCCUCUUCCCUCUUCGCGCUGUCACUAUCGCUUCCUGCAUUCCGCCCGUAGCCAUCGAUCCCGCAAGCUAGGGGCCCUCUGUCCGUACCAUAUCCAGCGUCGCGGGCUUUUCGCCUUUAACGCGGUCCCGAAUGCUGGUCCUCAAACUGCAAUCCUGCCGUCCGAAACCGGCUUGAAGCCAAUGAGAGACUUGUUGAGGUCACUGAGUGACCAAAGCAGAGGCCCUGCCAAUGGAAUCCUGGCAAAAGCUUUCCAGGACUUCAUCGUUGCACGUGCGGAGGCCCCCGGGGUCAUUACGAGCUUCCAUGCGAAGUUGCUGGUCACUACUUGGAAAUACCUCCGAGCUCGCGAGGAAGAGUUGGAACCCGAGGAGUGGCAGAAGGUCUUUUCAACUGAGAAUCUCGAGAACGUUCUCUACGUCCUGUCGGAAGCGAAAUGUCUGCCCGAGUCGCACGAGAUCGUGCGAAAAGUGGCCCGCCUGGCUUUUUUGGAGCUCUGUGACGAUCAUGGAUUUGGGCACAACCACAUCAGCCGGUCUGCACUUCUUUCUUAUAUCCACAUUCAGGCAAUGCAUGGAAAUCCGGAUGAAGCCCGCCAUGUGGUCGAGAAUUUCUGGAGUAGACUGAGCAAGACCAGCCCUUCCCCUUGGCUUACCGUCAUGAGAGGGUUUGCCAUUAUCAAUGAUAGGUCUGAACUCAGACGCACUACAGAAAAACUUCAUGAACAUGGCAUUGAGUUUGACCAACAUGCCCAUGAAGAAUUGGUCAACAUCCUUGUUGAACAAGACCUGUUAGUAGCCGUGGAAACAGUCUAUGAGUGUCUUUCGUCUUCUGGGCAAGAGCCCUCUGCCAAGGCAAAAGAAACUGUGAUCCGAUACGCCAUCCUGAAUGGUGAGAUAGCUUGGGCAGCAUCUAUCUAUGAAUCCCUUUUGCAGUCCCAGGUUACUGAGACCAUAGGUAUCACGCUGCUUUGGGAAGCGGUCCAAACUAAUAGUGCUGCUGCCGUCCUGGAGAAGGCCAAAAUAGUAACAGCUGGAAAUCAAGAUGCAAGAGAUUCACUGAACAUUGCGUGUGUAAACGACCUGAUCGAGUACGCAAAUUCCGUGAAGAAUCCUGAAUUGGCCGCCGAUCUUGCUUCUCUAGCUACCCAGUGGGGCCUGCAGCCGGAUAUGCACACGCAGCUAUUGCGACUGGAAUCCUACAUUCAGGCGGGCGAUGUGAAGACGGCAUUGAGUUUCAUGGAAGAUAUGCAGGACCCAGAGACGAUAAUGCUUGAGAACAUGCCGUUGAUGAACAAGUUGAUUACAGUGCUCUGCUUGUCAAGUCAGGAGGAUGCCGUGAUGGAUAAAGUAACCUCUCUUCUUGAUCCUUUAUUCGAAAAUAGCGUUCGGUUGGAAGCGGACACCUUGGCAGCGUUGACGCACAUGCUAUUAUACCGUCAUGACUGGGAGGGCGUCUCCGAGCUACUUCGGCCCCGUCUAGGCUCCUACGACUCGGAAGAAAGGACAAAGAUCCGCAAUGCUCUUACCAAUUUCAUAGCUGAUCUGAACCAAGAGAGCGACAACGUUUGGGAAAUGUACAAUCUGCUACAACUCGCUUUCCCCGAAGCCGGGGUGAGCCUGCGAACUGAGAUCAUGACAUCGUUCUUCAAGCGGAACCGGAGUGACUUGGCCUUCUUAGUUUUCGGACACAUGCGACAGGCGGAGGAUUUCGCACGACGGCCGAAGCCCGACACGUAUGCCCGGUGUUUCCAGGGCCUGGCCCGGACCCAGGAUGCCAAGAACGUAGAGCUAGUUCACAACAUGCUCAAGCUGGAUGUGGAGGUUGAUCUCAACACGCGCUUGCUGAACGGGCUCAUGCUCGCGUAUGCAGCCUGCGAUAUGCCGGAGAAAGCCUUGGACGUCUUCCGCGACAUUCUCCAAUCGGACGAAGGACCGUCGCAGAAAACCAUUGCCAUUUUCUUCAAGAUGUGCGAGAAACACCACAACGGGGUCCAGGAGGCGAUAAGGAUGAUGAGCAAGGUCAAGCGUCUGGAGAUCAGCGUCGAUCGUCAGUUAUACAUGGCGUAUGUCGAGGCUCUGGCUGCGCAGUGCGAGUUUGGCCUCGCCACUGAAGCGCUGGACAAGAUGUAUAGCGAAACCGGCUAUCAAGUCACCCGCAACUCUAUCGGGUUACUCUACAACGCUAUCCCCUACCAAUACUGGAAAGACGAAGUUGAAAAAUGGGCCAAGGCCACCUACCCGGAGCAGUGGGCACAACUGGAACAGAUCGAACGCACCGAAUUCGAAGAGGGGCCGAAAUUCAACAUCAAAGAUAACGAAGUCAUUGUCUAAUAGACAGUCAGUCCGUCAAUCUACACCAAAGAACGGGAGGAACCCCAGGUACUUGUACUUAACCUACCUUGUUGUACCAAUUAGGAUAUACUUCCCGAAGCCAAAC